AUGGCGCAAACCAUGAAAGCAGUCCACUACGAGGGCCCUUUCAAGGUCUCAGUCAAGGAGGUGCCCCUGCCAAAAGUCCAACACCCAGACGACGUGAUCAUCAAGGUCACCACCGCGGCCAUCUGCGGCUCCGACCUCCACAUGUACCAGGGCCGCACAGCCGCCUCACCCGGCCUAGUCUUCGGGCACGAAAACAUGGGCAUAGUCACCGAAACCGGCACCGGCGUGACCCUCCUCGCCCGCGGCGACCGGGUCGUGCUCCCCUUCAACGUCGCCGACGGGCGUUGCCGCAACUGCGAAGAAGGCCGCACGGCGUUCUGCACGGGCGUGAACCCAGGCUUCGCGGGCGGCGCGUACGGCUACGUCGCCAUGGGGCCGUACCAGGGCGGGCAGGCGCAGUAUCUGCGGGUGCCGCACGCGGACUUCAACGCGCUGAAAUUGCCGGCCGGGACGGAGCACGAGAGCGACUUCGCGAUGCUGGCGGAUGUGUUUCCGACGGGGUGGCACGGGUUGGUGUUGGCGGGGUUCAAGGCGGGGGAGACGGUGGCGGUGUGGGGGGCGGGGCCGGUGGGGUUGAUGGCGGCGUAUAGCGGGGUGGUGAGGGGGGCGAGCAGGGUGUUUGUGGUGGAUCAGGUGGGGGAGAGGCUGGAGGCGGCGCGGCGGAUUGGGUGCGUGGCGGUGGAUUUUCGAGAGGGGGAUCCGGUGGAGCAGAUUGUGAGGGCGAAUGGCGGGGAGAUGGUGGAUCGGGCCGUGGAUGCCGUGGGGUACCAGGCUGUGGAUGCGUCGGGGAGCAAGGAGAGGCCGAAUGUUGUGCUCGAUCAGCUCAUCAGGGUUACGAGGCCGACGGGCGGGCUGGGGAUUCCGGGCUUGUACGUCCCGGCGGAUCCGGGGGCGCCGGAUGCCCAGAGCGGGAAGGGGCAGAUUCUGAUCUCGUUUGGGAAGCUGUUUGAGAAGGGCCUGUCGCUCGGAACCGGUCAAUGCAACGUCAAGGCUUACAACAGAUACCUUCGAGACCUGAUCGUCGCUGGCAAGGCCAAGCCUUCGUUCGUGGUCUCUCAUGAGAUUACGAUUGACGAUGCGUCCGAUGCAUACGAAAAGUUUGACAAGCGGGUUGACGGGUAUACCAAGGUGCUGAUUCAUCCAAACGGACCUCUUUCGUGA